GACAAACAUUUUACAACUUACUCGAUCCUGCAAACACUGGUCUUCAUUUAAAAGAAUACGGCUUUAAGUUUCAUUUGUGUUUUCCUAAAGAGUUCGUUUUUAUCUUUAUUUAUUAUGGCAUCAGAAUCGAAUGCCGUGCGCUUAGUAUUUGUUGGAAGUCCUCUGGUUGAUAUCACUGCAAAAUGUGACGCAGAAACUCUCACACAAUAUGGCCUAAGACCUGAUGGCUGUAUUAGGGCUUCUGAAAACCACAAUGAUUUGCUUUGCAAACUUUUCAAAGAUCCAGAUUCGUACCUGUCCGCCGGUGGAUCCGCUCUGAACUCAGCACGAAUCGCAAAGUGGAUUCUCGACAAUAAAGGAUAUGUAUCUUUCAUUGGUUGUGUUGGCAAUGAUACUUACAAAGAUUGGCUCAACAAUAUUUUACAAUUGGAGAACAUUACCUCUUUGAAUGUGGCCAUACCAGGUGAAAGUACUGGUACUUGUAUAUGUUUGCUCACAGAACAAGGAGGUCGAUCCAUGAUCACAUCUCAAGCAGCGGCUGCAAAAAUUUCCUCUCAACAUUUACAUUUAGAGCACAUUAAAAGCAAGUUAUCUGAAGCAAGUCAUGUAUUUGCUGUCGGUUACCUAUUCAGUCAUUCACCUGAUGUAGUCCAUGAAUUAGCGAAUGUAUGCUCUGAGAGUCAGAUUUUUGCUUUCAGUUUGUCAGCCGAAUAUAUCUGCAGACAAUAUAAAGAAGAAAUCUUGCAAAUAAUGCCCAGGAUAGAUUUUCUAUUUGGUAAUGAAAGCGAAAUUGUAACUUUUGGAGAAGCCUUGAUCGGUCAACAGUCAAUAUCAGGUAAAUUCCUUGAAAUGUAAUAAAAAUAUAUUGAUGCAUUUGUUAUUAAUCAUUAUUAACAUGUUAACAAUGAUUUUUUUUAAUUACUUAAACAAUUAAUUAAUAUAAAACAAAUUUUUAAAACACUU